UUGCUCGUCAAAGUUUCUUGCCAUAUUAAAUAUGGCACACAAGUGCAUCCAAAAUUUUCAAUGAACCCACAAACGCCAGAUAAACCGAAAAAAAAGUCAUCCAACAGCAAAGUAAAUCAACUGAAAACUACCGAGUCAGCAGCUUGAGAACGCAACUCUUCCCAAAUAAAAGUUAAUUCGUAGACUAUAUAAUGGUUCGGAAAAGGGUGUUGACGAAUUCGGCCAAGCAGGCUUCGUUGAACGCCUAUCAGCAGCUGUGGCAGCAACAUCAGCAGCAAUAUGCCCGAAAUCCCGUGGCUGCCUCGAUGCCGGAAUAUUGGCAUUCCGUGUGCAACAAGUUGGGUGGUGCAAUGCCCCGAAUGGCGGUAAUAGCUCCUCCGGAGGUCAGCAGCCGGAAAUUGAAUCGUCUGCGUCGGCAGCUGAUGAAAGUGCCCAGGGAAGCAGUUCCGAUCCAGAGCUUCAUUCCAAACUAUGGGCUACAGCAACAUCCGCAAGUGCAAUUCCAACAGGUCUAUCGCACCGCAGGAAAUAGAUCCUGCCUAAGUCAAGGGGUUUCGAAGGCAGCUCUGCUAAGACCAGGAUCCAUUUUAGCCGCCUGCCAAAACCAGGGUUUCCGAAAUGUACCAGCAACAGCAACAGCAGUGGGAAUUGCACCAACGACACCCCAGCAACAUCCUCAUUUUAAUCAGGGGAAUUUAUUCGAUUAUCCCGCAACAGUGAGCCCCAUGCAAUGGCAACAGCAACAGCAUCAAGUGCAGCAGCAGCACAAGCAAUUUCUAAUGCAACAGCAACAGAAAGCAGUGCCUGUUGGUAUUUUGAAAAGCUCUUCAAGAUAUGAAGCUGGCCACCACUUCGGCAGAGAUCUGCAGAGCCCCAAUCCCUCGAAAACCAAGCGAGUGACGAUCAAAAACACAGCUGCCAGGUAUCAAGAGCCUACAGUUCAACAGCUCAAGCCCGAGAUUCCACCCAAACCAAAUAAGAAAAUGAAAAAAAAUAUACUGAAGAAAGAGCGACAGAAACUGCAGCAGUUGCAGCUUCAACAUGAGCUUCUGAAACAACACCAAUCAUUGCAGAGUCAGAAGGAGCGCGAAAAGGUGCAACACCAAAAAGAGCAACAGCAGCAACAUCUUUUGCAACACCAACAGGACUUAAGGAAGCAGCAGCAACAUCGCGAGGCCCAGCAGCAACUAGGUCAAUCCAAGAACUUUAAUUUCGGCAAAUGGGCCAACCACUUUAUAGAAGGCUGUAGUUGCGACUCGUAUGCAGAAACCUCCAUGUACACAGCAGCAAAUUCAGAAAUAAAACCACAAGCCUCGAAGCAAGUUCAAAGCUGCAUGUCCAAGAGCUUCUCCUAUGAAAAAACCAGGGAGGAUAUUGCAAAGGAGCUCCGUGCUAGCCCAGAAAAGUUGGAUCUAUCCAACAGAGAGGGUAAGACGUCUUCAAAACGCUUUCUCAAUCGUCAAGAUGGAAAACUGGACUCCGGAAACGAAAGCAGCACCAUAACACUGACCACAGAACACGAACAGUCAAAGAGUCGAUAUCAGAGUCGAACCUCGUUGACCGACAAAGCCACAAACACUAAGUCAGAUCCUCUGGAUGACAUUUUAAAACGCGGCCCUCAGAAAGUCGUAUCGGCCACCUCAGCUACUAGUCGGGGAUCAAGAAAAUUAAACAUCAAUGAGCUGUUGAGAAAUGAAAAGAUCCAGGGACUAGAGGGCAAUCCCAUGUUGCAUUCACUCAUGCAACUGGUGGCCCACAUGUGUGAGUCCAGGGAAAGUGAGAAGGACGUAAGGGAGCCUAAAAGUCGUUUACCGGCAGGAUCCGGUGUCAAUGGUGGCCAGAAGCAGUACUCUGUGUACCUCGUGGUUACCUCCGAUGAGGAGGACGAAGACGGGAAUCCAUCAAAACCGAAAGUUGAGCCGCCCAGCAGUGAUCCGAAGUUGGCUAACAACAAAGAAAUUCACGAGGAAGAUGAGUAUGCCAAUCGCUGUUGCAAUACCUAUCAAGCAGAGCAUCCCAGGGUUGGCCGUCGUAGACGUUCUCGGAAGCGCUUGAAUCCCCGCCUGGGCAAUCUUUACACUCCCUACCCCAGUAUGCAAUCGCAGCUGCCUAUGAGAAGACCCCUUCACUGGCCCAAGCCCGAUUAUUCCAAGCCCCAAGGUCGUUCGAACCGAACACGUAACCCAACUCGUGGUCGUUCCCGCUCCUCAACCAAAUUUGGGUUAAAAAUGCUAAGCCAGAGAUCCCUAAACUCCGCUCUCGACGAGAAACAAAGCUGGCGACUGUGGGAGGACUUGCCGAUAACCGCCAGAGCUCUUAAUAGGGCAUAUAGCCGCUUGCUGACUUUACCGGGAGCUAACCGAAGCUGCACUGAGAUAUAAGACAUCCCAGACU